UCCACAUCAUCGAUCAUCAGACACACAUGUGCUUUUGUUGUGUUUACGUCGUUUUAAAAUUUUAGCACACUUUACUUCGCUUCCAAUUUAUAAAUCUACAGGCAAAAUGAAAAUUUUGAGUGACGAGAGGACAAAAAUUCUUUUCGAGAAACUGGCAAAAUUCAUUGGAGGAAAUGUCAAGCAUCUCAUUGACCGGCCUGAUGGAAAAUACUGCUUCAGAGAGCACAAGGACCGAGUCUACUACAUGUCUCAGGCAAUCCUAAAUCUGUCCUCAACGUGCAAUCAGGAGCAGCUAAUCUGCGCGGGAACGUGCUUCGGAAAAUUCACAAAAUCUGACAAAUUUAAAUUACACAUCACUGCCCUUAACUACCUAGCACCUUAUGCUCAAUAUAAAAUUUGGCUAAAAUCCAGUGCAGAGCAGCAGUUUCUUUACGGCCACCACGUUUUGAAGUCUGGAUUGGGCAGAAUCACGGAGGGCACACCAAAAAAUCAGGGUGUCGUGAUCUUUUCAAUGAACGACAUGCCAUUGGGUUUCGGAACUUCUGCCAAGGCAACAGCUGACUGCAAAAAUGCUGACCCAAUCGCCAUUGUUUGUUACAACCAAGGAGACAUCGGAGAAUAUAUCAGAAACGAGGAUACUUUGUUGUAAAGCAAGAGAUGUUUUGGACUGAGCGUAAGCUACGUUUUUUUAAAUAAAAAUACUUCAAAAUUCAAUUCCACUGGAUUUCACUAUAAUAUUGAGAUUAGAAUAAUUUUUGUAGAAAUUGAAAAAUAACAUCAUUUUUCUGGCAUUGAUUUAUUCUGCUGACAAUAAAUUUUUUUAAUAACA